GUUAGCAGACGAUAAACACUCCAAACAGUCAAGUUAGUUAUAAAGAGAAACUAUAGAGCUACGCACAUCUUCGUCUCAGUUUAACUCAAGCUUCCUUCGGGCGAGCUACGUUCAUCCUAGACAAUCUAUCAUUUUACAUGCUUGGAUACAGACAUAUUGUAUGCAUGUCAUGACAAAAUACGCCGCGAAUUUCUCUAAACGACGCACAAUCCAAAGGAUAUCUCUUAGACGUUUAUAACGAUAUUAGCACAUCAUCGAUAAACGAAAAUUUUCCACGCAGAGUAUAGUUUGGCAAAUAAUCCGACAAACUACGCCAAUAUGGAUAUUAUGAAAUCGGGUUGGUUCAGUGAAGUGAGCGAUCUUUGGCCUGGCAUUGCACUUUCGUUGAAGGUAGAAGAAGUUCUGCAUUCCGAGCGUUCUCGAUUUCAAGAAAUCCUGGUAGUAAAAACAAAAUCACAUGGGAGAGCUUUGAUGCUCGACGGCGCGAUACAGUGUACAGAGAAAGAUGAGUUCUCAUAUCAUGAGAUGAUAUCAUACCUGCCGCUCUGCAGCCAUCCUAAGCCUAGAGACAUCUUAAUAGUCGGAGGUGGCGAUGGUGGAGCUGCUCGAGAAAUCGCGAAACAUCCGGACGUAGAACGUAUCACGCUAGUGGACAUUGACGACAGAGUUAUCGAGGUCUGUAAACAAUAUUUGCCUCGCUUGAGUCUGGGUCUUAACAAUCCUAAAGUAACUGUUGUUGUUGGCGACGGUUUCGAAUUUUUGAGAAAUCACUGUGGAGAAUUCGAUGUCAUUAUCACUGACAGCAGCGAUCCCGUAGGUACUGCUGAACAUCUUUUUAAGCAACCGUAUUAUGAAUUACUGAGGGCAGCAUUGAAAUCUGAUGGAAUCAUUGCCAGCCAGGCUGGUACGGUAUGGGAAAGCAUGCAACAAGUGCAGAGUACAUUCCAGCAUUGCAAAACCGUAUUCCCCGUCGCCACCUACGCAGUAACAGCAGUACCGACAUACCCCACGGGUCAAAUCGGUUUCAUCCUUGGGAGCUUAAACAGCCAAUCAAAUUUUGCAGAACCAAUGAGGAUAUUCAAUGAAGAAGAUCUCGAUCGAAUGGAAAUAAAAUACUAUAAUGACAAGGUACAUCGAGCUGCUUUCGUCUUACCAAGAUUCAUAGAGAAGAGUUUAACAAUUGCUCAAAGUAACAUUAACUAAAUGCUUAAGGACAUUUUGCUAAAAAAUUUUAAUAAAAAAUUAAAAAAACUAUUACAAUAGCGUAUUAAAGUGGAAACCUCAAAAUGGUUUUUUAAUGUUUUGUCUACAAUGAUUUUUAACUGAGUUUCAGCGGUUAAAAAAUAGCUCAAUUUUUAACGUGUGGUGUUUCCAAUUUUUUUUUUUUUUUUUAUAGUAAUAUACAUAUAUUGCAUAUUUUUACAAAAUUAUAUUUGUUUUUAAUUAGUCUUCUUAGAUUAUUUCUGAACCGACUUUGUUAAUAAUGACAAAGCGUUACCUAAGGUUGGUAAUCUUUAAAUAUAUCUCGUCGAUAUGGUAAGUAAGAAUGCUUACAUUUUACCAGCAAUAGUUAAAGUAUUAAAGUUCUAAAUCCAAAGUUCAAAUAGCUUUUGUGUGUAAAUAGAAGUGGUCCAUACAGAUUCUAAAUUCUGUAAUAUAAUUAAGCGAAAUUUAAUAAAUUUUAUAAUGUAAUUUAUGUAUUUUGAUUUUUAUAUAUUGCUUCAUUCCAAUGGUACAUCAAAGUAUUUCUAACUGUUUAACCGGUUAUUGCUAACAUGUCGACAAAUGUAAAAUCUUGGAAGACAAGAUUUAAUAUUGCAACAUAAAAUAAAAAUAUAAAAAAAUUAU